AUGGAGAAGAGACGGCUGACUGCGCAGCAGGUAGUACCAGCGGCAGGACUUGCACUUGUCUGGGCAGCUGGCGCCAAGCCAAGCGGCUUCGUCGAAGCUGCCAGCGGCUGGGCACCCACAAAGCUACCCGGCCAUAGUGCCGCAGCGCCCCUGCGCGGACUGCGACCUCAAACGCCGGGGAGCGGCGCGACGCAGAGCACCCGGGCAGGCUUCACCGUGGGGUUUUCGGGGCUUCUUGCAGCUGCCUUGGCCCGAGCCGCCGUCUCGCGAUCGCGCCAGCAUCGCGGCGCGAGGGUGUCUCGACGCUUCUUCGGGAACCUCUUUGGCCCCGAGGAGGAGGUCGACCCGGAAGAUCCCGGCAGGGUGGCCGUAUGCAAAGAGUACCAGACGAUGUCCGGAGACAGGGUUGCAGCUGAGCAGUCAGACUUCGGAUGGGCCGUGGUAUCCCAGCACGAUGCUUCGGAGCAGGAUGACUACUGGCUCGGAACCCCACCGGGGCCAAUCAAGCAG